UUUUCCUGUUAAAUUUGUCGGGUUCUCUUGUCGAGGCUCGUUAGUAAUUUUCGUGGUUUCCCGGAGGGGCGAGUUUUGUAAUCAUGAAAAGUGUGAGACUGUGCGAGAUCGGCUAGUAUCGUUAAAACCGGGAACGAUUCGAAGACGAUCUCGACGACGAGGAUGGCGUGCCCGAGUAAUCGACGUUGUUUCUGAGCAUCGACUGCCACAGAGGAUCGCGGAAGACGCGGCUGUCCACUAGAAGAGCAGCGAUGCCGUUGAAGCUUCGCUCGAGAUCCGCCCAGCCGGCUUCGAAUCUUCAGUUUCGUCGCUCGAGAUCAAUUACAUUAUAAGACGAAUCCUUCGAACUAGCAAACAAACCAAAAAAGAAGAAGAAGAAAAAAAAACGAAAGGAAACAAACAAGAAACAAAGAAAGAUCCCUUGGAUGAUCGCAAUUAAUUCGUAACAAAAGGAACAACGAGAAGUAAGAAGGAGGAUCCUGGAACUGCCUUUUCUAAUAUAGGUAGAAAAGAGAGAGAAAACUAAAGAAAAAAUAAUUAUUUUGGUAAAUAGUCGGUAAUUAGUGGACGAUUCGCCUGGAGAGAGGAAGAAAGAAAGGGGAUAUAUAUAUAUAUAUAGGAGAAAGAGUUUGUCUGUCGCAAAAGUCCGCGUUAAAUGGUCACGUUCAGUGCACAAUUUCCGGUUUGUCCGCGCGUGUCGUGCACCGUGUACGUUCUCCGGCCGACAGUUUCAAAUUAAUAAGCUGGAGAACCGCGAACAGUCGGUCAAAUUUCGCCCAGAAGUAAACGAGUCGCGAUCAAAGUGAAGUGUCUCGGUCUCGGUGAGAUGGCCUUCAUGAUGAAGAAGAAGAAGUACAAAUUCUCCGUGGAGGUGGAUCUGGAGGAGUUGACUGCUGUAGCAUUCGUGAACGCGGUGCUGUUCGCGAAACUCAGACUGCUCGACGGUGGCUCUUUCGUCGAUCAUUCGACGAGGGAGGAAGUGCAGGAGCACACGGUCAGAUGGAACGCUAAAUUCGAGUUUCCCUGCAAGAUGAGUGCCAACGCGUCGACUGGUGUCCUCGAUCCGUGUAUCCUGAGGAUAUCCGUGAGAAAGGAAUUGAAGGGAGGCAGGUCCUUCCAGAAGCUCGGCUUCACCGACCUGAACCUCGCCGAAUUCGCAGGAGCUGGACUCUGCAGAACGAGGUGCCUUCUGGAAGGUUACGACGCGAGACAUCGACAGGACAAUUCCAUGUUACGCGUUGCCAUCAAGAUGAACAUGUUGUCUGGUGAUAUUCUGUUCAAAGUACCGUCUCCGUCGUUGAAGCAGACGCAACUAGCUGUACCCGGUGUGCCAGGAGUUUCUGGUGUUACUGGGGACGAAGUAACUGCAUCUGAGAGGUGUACCAACCGAGAGGAUUAUGUAUCCAGCGGUUCGUUGGCUGGAAGUAUAGCCAGCGCAAGUAGUGGUUUCGGCAGUCUUCCUAAAAAGAGGCCUGCCCUCUUUUCCUCGGAGCUCCUCAGCGGGGCGGAAUCGUACGAUCCAAUGACCUUGAGCGAGAUCGUACCAUCGGCUCUUCCAGUGGAGACCCUGGCUGAAGCGCACACGGAGUCGGGCCAUUCCCGUAACAGCAGUAAUACCAGCCAGUUAAGCAAAGGUUCCGGCUACGGAUCCUUGAAUUCACACAGUCAGCACAGUAGGCAGAGCAGUAGUGGUGACAGUGGCCACAUUAGAAAUCCUUCUGGGGGAUCUGGUCUGAGUGAAACGGGAUCUUUGGACCGGGCAAAGGCCGCACUGGAGCGAAGGAAAAAAGCGGAAGAUGGUACGGGGAACCCAAUCUUGUGUAGGGUCGAGGUGACCAGGCCGAACCCGGAUUCCCUGAUCGACGAGCUGAUCAAAGCGACGAAUCUCGAGCAGACUGAUCUCGAGAGCUCUGAGACAACAGGUCUUCAGCUGUUUAUCGCGAAGGACGGGACGACCGCGCUAGGCAGCCACGAGGUGAAGAGUCAGAUGCCCGCCGGUGUGUUCAAGCAGGUGGUGAUGGAAGAGAAUAAUAGGUAACACGAAGCUAUGGCGACGAGAAGACAGUACGCAAGACAGGCCAGCGCCACGUUCUCGUUGGCCCUGGUGCCAGAGCUCGUCUACGAGGCCUGUGAGCCUCGGUAGUUGACACGAGGACACAACGAUGCUUUUUGGACGAGGGAAUCGUCGAGAGACGAGGUGAAACGGCGACGACGAACACGCGAUCGUGCACCCCGACACCGAAAUUAUCACACUUUCAGUUGCCUAGCUGUUCUUCCUUCGCGUGCAGUGCUUCGCCGAUAAAAAGAAAAGAAAAUCUCGUCUACACGCCAAAAACCACGGAUCAAACGGAUCCGUUACUUACGCUCAAAAAAGGAAAUUUUUCUUCUUUUUGUUUUUCGUUCUCUUGUACAACUCGAUUCGCUCGAACGUUGUCUUCGUUGAGAAUCGUGGCCAGGUUAUGUGAUUGUAAAUUUUUUCAUGGGGGAGAGAGAAGGGGGGCGAACGGCUGAUUUUUAUUCGAUCUUGAUGACCAGAGAGACGCGUGAAGCAUGAAUCGAAACGUGUUCGAUGAAGGAAGAUGCGAUAGGAAAAGCGCCUGUUCGUUCGGUAAAAGAAGCGACAGGGGUGCACGGAAAUUUAACGUAUUUUCUUCCGCGAAGUCGAGGCACAACGCAGAUCAUUUUUUCUCCUCUCGUCGAUCGUGCCUUUUGAGAAUAUCGAUUCGAAGAGCGUAGUAUGUUGAAGUUACACGAGAAAGAUAGAGAGAGAGAGAGAGAUAGAGAGACUCGAUGUUAUCCGAUGUUCGAGAAGAGAAGAUUAUCGAGGCACGAUCGAGACGUGUAACGUUAAUCAGAUAAAUGUUAACUAAACGAAAAAAAAAAAAUGAAGAAAGUCAAUCGAGACAGUGUGAUGUGCGUGCACCAACGCUUCUUUUUUUUUUUACCUGUGUUCACGGUUCCUUUAUCGUCCGCGUGUAAACGACCGAACAAGUUACUAUAAAGUGGACCGAACGUUCGUUCGUUUCGAUCACCUAUCUCGCCGGAGAUCGAUCGAGCAACGUUUUCUUCGUCAAAGAGUAAUGAGA